CCGGGAGGGACACGGGACCCCCCAGGAGGGACACGGGACCUCCUGGGACAGGCACGAGACCCCCCAGUGCAGACACAAGAGCCCCCAGGACGGACACGAGACCCUCCAGGAUGGACGCGGGACCCCCCGGCGCAGACACGAGACCCCCCAGGACGGAUGCAAGCCCCCCCGGUGCGGACACGAGACCCCCCGGGCCGGGCAGGGAUCCAACGGGAGGCUGAGCGGCGGCACCGCACCAUCGUGGCCUGGUUCGCCGACCACCCCCGGGCGCCUUUCGGCAUCCAUCGUUUGGUAGAGCUGGGUCGGAACGCCGGGAAAAAAGCCGGGGAUUGGUACGGUCCUUCCAUCGUCGCCCACAUCCUUCGGAGAGCGGUGGAAACCUGCCCGGAGACCAGCGGUCUCUCCGUCUACGUCUCUCAGGACUGCACCAUUUACAAAGGGGAUGUCGCUGGCCUGGUGCAGGGGGAUGCCGAGCGGACGGUGCCGGGGCAGCGCCGCGCCGUCGUCGUCCUGGUGCCGGUGCGGUUGGGGGGGGAGACCCUGAACCCCGUCUACGUGGAUUGCGUCAAGGAGCUGCUGAAGCUGAAAUCCUGCGUGGGCAUCAUCGGCGGCAAACCCCGGCAUUCCCUCUACUUCGUCGGCUUCCAAGACGACUUCUUGCUCUACCUGGACCCCCACUACUGCCAGCCCUUCGUCGACACUUCCCGGGAGAACUUCCCCUUGCAGAGGAAAUGGACCUUGCCGUGGGUCAGGAGGGGGGUGAGGGCCCCCUCCUCCUCCCGCUGCAGCAGCAGCCCCAUGAAGUGCUCAAUCUCCCCCAGCCCCACGUCCCCCUUGUAG